UCGCACACGCGCUGAUUGGGCACGAGAGGUGAUGAUGUGUCAGAGCGCGCACCUCGCGGCAAAGCUUUCUUUGAAACUCUCAAGAGAUUUGAAACAAACAUCUCACAGACCAAGCAGUCCUUCAUACGCUUCAGUUUCAGUGGCAAAAAAAAUCUGCCUUUUAAACACCGCUGCACAUCUCACCUCUCCAGAGGAGGAACCCUCUCUUUCCACAGAUGAUUUCAAUGAACUUUCAGGUGUUAUAGGAACUUUUUUUUAAACUCUGUGACGCAAAGCAGCAAAUGAACACGAGAAACAUGAUGAAGCAGCCCAUGGAGCACAUCAAGAGACCAAUGAACGCGUUCAUGGUCUGGUCGCGAGGUCAGAGAAGACAGAUGGCACUGGAGAACCCAAAGAUGCACAACUCUGAGAUCAGCAAGAGACUCGGCGCCGAGUGGAAGCUGCUCUCUGAGUCUGAAAAAAGACCUUACAUCGACGAGGCCAAAAGACUACGCGCCCAACACAUGAAAGAGCAUCCAGACUACAAAUAUCGACCGAGACGCAAAACUAAAGGACUGCUGAGAAGAGACACGCUGCUGACUUUACCGCGUCACGGCGAGCAAAAACUUCAAUCCAUCUCAAAUUUGGACAAACCUCGACCCCUUUAUUCAGCUGCGUCCAUGCAACAUCCUUUCAUGGAGCCGAGCCGGCCAACUGUUAGCAGUGCUUUUCAACCUGAAAAACUUGCUUUAACCCCGGGCUCGUUGGCUUUCUCUUCAGCUUUUGUCUAUCAGAGUGGACACCGGUCCUUCGGGAGUCUGGGAUGCUCGGGUCAGUACGCGCACACUCACCUGUCACCUGCAAACCCCGGAUACCUGCUGCCCUGUAACUGUUCGCCCUGGUCUUCUUCCAGUCUCACACCUCCACUUGCCUAUAUAGUGUUUCCAGGUAUGAGCCAGACUGCGGUCAGCUCUACAGCGCUGUGACUCAUUCAUUAAGAUGUCUUCAGUAUCGCGGAAAGUGUUUUUUUUUUUUUUUAAAGAGAAACCGAUAAGUCUUUUCUCAGUUCAAGUUCAAGUGCAGCUAGAAUAAAUGUUGAUUAAAAUACGUUUAACUAUUAUUAUUAAUAACAAUUAUAUCUGUGUUUGUUAUGUACUACGGGAUAUUUGUUUUCACAUUGUUAUAAAGCCCAUUUGCUAAGCUAUUAUUGUAAUAAUGAUAAAUGUUACUGCUCAGAGCCAAAGAUGACUUUUAACACAAUCAAAUGCAAGACACUGAGUUAUGAUUUGAAUAGUCUUUGUAUACUGACAGUUUAUCUUUACUUGAACAUUUGUAUAUAAAUGGAGCGAAUAACUGGUUCAAAGACAUUUUCUACAUGCUAAAUAGCCAAAAACAGCAACAACAGCAACACACACAUUACGAUGUUAGUAAUUUAAUAUGACCUGCUGAUUUGUUUAGUGUCGGCUAUCUGUAGGUAUUUUUAGCAGUGACUACAGCAUGGACAUUUCAAAUAAAACACUUGUUUAUUCAAA